ACCUCAAUUUCAAAUUUUGCUCCCCUCUCGCACUCUGACUUUUUAUCAGAGAGAUAGAAUAGAAUAUCUAUCGAUUCCCACAUCCGUAUCCGUACCGAUGGAGGCUUCAGAUCGAAGGUCUAUUCAGCUCUUCGUGAGACUCCUCAAUGGUAACGUCCGUACCGUGCAGUUCCCGUCUCCACGUGUUUACGGGGACGCCUUGAAACAGCGGAUCUUCGAGAUCACCAGAAUUCCCAUUCACGCUCAGCGCCUGGUCUAUGGUAAUCAGCAAGUCGAUGAUACGACUGUUAUUUCGCAGUCCGACGGCACGGUCCAUCUCCUGCUGCGUCUGCUGGGAGGCAAGGGAGGGUUUGGGUCACUUCUGAGGGGGGCCGCCACCAAGGCCGGGCAGAAGAAGACGAACAAUUUCGAUGCGUGCAGAGACAUGAGCGGAAGGAGGUUGAGGCACGUGAAUGCGGAGAAGAGGCUCGAGGAGUGGAAGGCUGGAGAGGAGGAGAAGAGGCUGGAGAAGAUGGCGGAGGAUUUUCUUAAGAAGAAGGCGAAGAAGGGGAAAAGGGGGGCUGGAGAUAGGGAGGCUGAGAAGUACGUGGAGAAGUAUAGGGAACAAUCUGCAAAAUGCGUGGCAGUGGUUGAACAAUCUGUCAGGGAAGCUUGUGGAAAUGGGAAUGGGAAGCGCAAGGGGAAGUUGAUUGCAGGAGGAGCAGAGGCGAAGAAGUUGAAGAUUUGGAUGGGGAAAAGAAAAUUGGCUGGAAGUGACAGUGAUGAUAUGGAUAGUAGUGACGACGAUGAGAAUGAAAAUGAUAAAUCUGUAGUUUUAAAUAAUGGGAUUCAUUCGGAUUCUAGUAAGGAGGCAGAAGACAGUUCUGAUACAGUUACUGGCGGGAAACAGGACAGAGCGAGGUCAGGGGGAGGCUCUUGUGACAGUGGUUCUGAGGAAGAGGAAAAGACUGUUGUGCUGCAGAGAUCUGAAUCUGGUGGAUGCUUUGAUAUGAAAGAUAUUACUUAUGGAGAAAAUGGUGUGGUUCUACCAGAUGUCCAUGGAAAGAAGGCAGUAACCAUACAUUUUUCUGAAGUAGCUGAUGUUUCUGAUGCCGAAUUAGCAGAGAUUGGAGAGCCGAAGUCUAUUGCUUGUGAAUCUGAAAAUCUUGAGGAAGCUGAUUGUCAAACCGUAAAGGUUUUAAUUGCAGAGAAUGAGGAAGGUCUUCAAAGCAAAACGAUUGAUGCAGAAGUCUAUGGUAUCAAUGAUUCUGAGUCGGGAGUUCUUGAAGAAACAGCUGUUGCACUUUCAACUGCUGAACAAUCAGAACAGCCACUAAAUUUUGAUGAGUUCAAUUCAGCGGCAGAAAUGGAGGCUUUGGGCAUGGAAAGGCUGAAGUCCGAACUGCAGGACCGUGGGCUAAAAUGUGGGGGUACUUUGCAAGAGCGUGCUGCUCGGCUUUUCCUGCUGAAAUCUACUCCGAUUGAGAAGCUUCCGAAGAAGCUGCUCGCCAAGAAAUGACAGUCUAAAUGUACCAGUUUUAUUCGGCUUGCUUUUGUUAGAGGAAUAUGUUUUCGUUGUGAAGGAAGCGAACAAGAAUAAAUUGUCUGCCUUUUGAGAACUGGCUGUAUAUACUGUACUUUGUGUUUGCCACGUUGGCCGUUGCCAUGAUAUAGUAAAUAGUAAGUGCAGGGCAUGUCCUUAAACGAUCAUCAUAU